AUGCUUUACUUAGAUAGUUCCCAUUAUCGCGGAACGGAUCUCAUCCAGUACGUAAAUCCAUACUGUAAAGAAUUGAAGCUAGAGAGCAUUUCGAUGGCCCAGGAGCAUCACAUACGGGAACUGAUUCAUUUGGAAAAAUUGUAUGUGGAAUCGUACUAUGUACAAAAUAUUUUCGAAAUAUGCUCCCAUCUUCCGAAACUUCGCGAAUUCACUAUUAACUGUUUUGAAUAUCCACCCGAUUUAAAACAGGAUUAUUUAUAUCCUGAAUUAGAAAAGCUGACACUUCAGUAUUUCGAAAUUAAAUUAGAUUUGCCAAUAUGUCCGAAACUGAAACAAUUGAUGUUGAUUUUUACUGCGAGCUACGUUGAAAACAUUGGUGACAUUAUUUCAAAGUACGGAAACACAUUAGAGCGUCUAGAUUUAUCGCCUGUCGCUGGUCGAGAUAAAUUCCAUGCGGAGCAAACAAUAAUAGUUCUCAGAAAAUGUAAGCGCUUGCAGUUAAUUAGCACCACAAAUGCAAUUAUACGAUACUUGUUCGUCGAAUUUCUGGGAUCAUUAAUUACCGUUUUAAAAGAAAAUGGUUUUAACACAGAGAGACGUCUGAAAUUGGAAGGGGACUUGUGUGAAGUCGAGCAGCUUAAGCUGGAAUUGAUGGAAAAGUUCCCAAAUUCCGAAGUGUGGAACUUGAUUACGCUGAGUCAAUUCAUAUAUUAACUGCACCAUCAAGUCGCCCAUGCUAAUCGAAUACAACACUAAUUUAUAAAUUAAUUGUUCGCAAGCCAAAAUAAAACAAAAACAGAACAAGAGAAUAAAGGAAUUGAUGAGAGAAUAUCCACUGGACUGAAACAAUUGCGAGAGUGUAUUGCGUGUGAGGUGACAUCUAUGCGAUCUGCAGAGAGGGUACCAUUUUAUAUCGAGUUCACCCAAUAAAUUUGUCUGACCAA